AAAACGAAUAUAGUCGAGUUUAGUUUAGUUUAGCUCCGGCCUCGUUGGCGCGAGUACUACGGUACUACAUUUGCUUUUACUACUAGAUUAAUUAACGAAAUAACAUCGCGAUUACCUAUGUUGUGUUUUGUGCAUUUGGGAUUAUUGCUACACUGUUGUGGGAAAUAGGAUUUUCAACUAUGUAUGUGAAAAGAAAAAACAUGAUAAUCGGUUUUUAAUGUUUUUUGUAUUGUGGAUAAAAUGAAGUUUUUGGAAAAAAGAACAACAAAAGUGCAUCGGAUCAGUUAAUCUUUUCAAUUAUUACAAUGGCGUAUUAUAAUAAAUCGGACAAAAAAAAACGAAAUUUGAAUAUAAACGGAAUUAAAAUAGACGAUAGGAAGUUUCCAGAAAAAUUGAGUUUACAAAGUUUAAAAUAUAUUGAUGCCGAGGAGAAUAAUAAUAGUGGAAGUUUGCUGGGGCUGGAAGAAACGGAAGUUGACCAAAUUGAUGGAGAAAUGGUCUUGGAACCAAAAUUCGUCGACUAUGGCAGCAUCCAUCCGACUAUUGACAGUCACUCUCACCCUGCCCAUCACCACGGCGUAGGAUCUGCGCUGUUGCCAAAUUUGGACGACGAAGACGCCAUACCGAACACAUCAAAGGGUACCAAAAUGACCCAAGGUGAUCUGUACCAAAGACAACCUCUUCUGCCCAACCAGUUGAAGACCAGCGACCACUGGUCGCAUAAUAGUCACAGCAGCUCCAGUUAUGCGGACGAAGACGAAGAGGAUAUAAUGGAAAAAGGUACUAGUCGUAAUGGCGACGUCAAAAUCGACAUUCCCGUUUCCAGAGAGGAGCCUAGAUUUCCGCAGGAACGACUCAAAACUUUGUUAGCAUUCAUAAUAAUGUGUUUCAACUUCAUCUUCACGCUAACAUCUUUGGCGUUGGUACACGAAAAAGUACCAGACAAGGACGCCUAUGGUCCGUUGCCGGACGUUUUCCUGGACAACGUCCCAAAGUACACCUGGGCUUUGGACGUAUCCGAAUACAUCAUCAUAUUUUGCGUCAACACUUGUAUGAUCGCCAUGGUAUUUCAUAAACAUAGGUUUAUAGUAUUUCGUAGAAUCUUCCUGAUAAUGUCGUUGCUAUACAUGUACCGAGCGAUUACGAUGUACGUUACAGUUUUGCCUAUGUCCAAUCGGGACUAUCCUUGUUCGCCAAAGUCCAAUCACACGUCACCAAGACUCAUAGCUCAACGUGUUUUGCAUUUGAUGAGUGGGUUUGGACUGUCUGUCAAUGGAAAACAUACUUUCUGUGGUGAUUUCAUUUAUAGUGGACACACUGUCAUUUUGGUCUUUAGUUAUUUGAUCAUUUCUGAAUAUACUCCAAAAAAAUUCUUUCUGUUGAGAAUCGUCCACUGGCUGUAUUGGAUAAUGGCAGUCAUUGGUAUAUUAAUGUUACAAUUAUCGCACGGCCAUUAUACCGUGGAUGUGAUUAUAGCUUACUACGUCACCACUAGGAUAUUUUGGACGUAUCACACGUUGGCGAAUAAUCCAAAUUUAAAACAAUUUUCCUCAAACAACUUACUUAGCCGUUCCUGGUGGUUCGCUCUCUUCCUCUAUUUCGAGAGCAACGUUGGCGGCACGAUCCCCCGCCAAUUCGAUUGGCCCUUGCCCUGGCCCCGCCGCUGGCAAUCGAAAGGCAAUCGAGCCAGUUAGUAGUUUAAAUAAUUUUAUUUUCUAUAAGUAAAAAAAAAUCUUGUGAUAAUAAUUAAUUAAUCAAAUUUACUACCGGAGGAUGUGAAACUGAGAGGUUUGUUUAUAUAUUUAUAAUGUUUUAUUUUUUCUAGCGAAUAUUAUAUAAAAAGAAAUCAGCUUUUUUGGUUUUUUUGAAUGAUAAUGAUGAAACGUUGGCAACAUUGCUAAAUACAUUAUUAAGACUGAAAUAAUUGAAUUUCACAUCAAUAAAUAAACUGACGUUUUGUCUCCCUAUUAACACCAUCAUCAAUAUUUUUUUCUAAUUAUGUAUUAUUAUUAUUAUUAUUAUUGAAAACUCAAAAAGUGUUUCUUAAAAAAUAAAUUUAGAUUUUUAUAUUUAUGUAUAUGUAUAUAUUUGAAGUAGCUUUUAUAUAAGAAUCAAAAAAUAAUAUAUGUAUAUUAGAUCUGAAUAAUUAUAAUGUAUUUUCAGAUAAAUAAAUAAAAAAUAAAAUUUACUGUGUUAGAUUAUAUGUAUUUUUAAGGAAGUCAAAAGGUAACGUGUGCACUUUUAUCUACGACUCAUAAUAUAAUAAAUUAUUAUUGAAGUUUGUUUGUGAUUGUUGCAGGAACAGACCUAUUUGCUUUGAAUAUAGAUAGAGGUUUGUUUCAACAACAAUUUAAAUUGCACAAUGGUGAUAUUUUGUUGUUUUUUAAAUAUUUUUCUAAGCAAAAAUGAAAUUGUUUUUUUUGUAAUAUUAUAGAAUAGUGCCUUUAUAUUGUAGAUUAAUUAUUAUUGUAUUGGGUUUUAUAUAUAUAUUUUCAAGAAUCUCGAAUUUUGAUUAUUAUCAUUAUUGGGAUUUGUUUCAAAUGUGCCCUGGAACAAACCAUUUAUAUUUACUGUUUAGUUAUUGUUAAUAUUACUCCAUCAUCAAAACAGGUACCUGUGGGUAAAUGGAACUAUUACUGCACCCCAAUUAUUUAUUUAUUGAAAGACAAUAUUGACUUUUUCUUUUUUUUUAUAGUUAUUAAGUAUUAUUGAUAAAAAAAUAAAUUAUUUUUUUAAUUGA